AUGGACUCAUCAUUUAUUCCAAAAGAACUGGUAGGAAAAGACAUUUACAAAAUUUUGGGUCUUAGUAUAAAUGAUGCGAAUAAAGAAAAUAUAAAAAAUAUUAUAAGAAAAAGUUAUUUAAAAUGUGCUUUAAUUUUGCAUCCUGAUAAAAAAGAAAUUAAUUUUAAAGAAGAGGAAAAAGAUAUAGCAUAUGCGGAAAAUUUUAACACAUUAAAAUGUGCUUAUGAGUUUUUAAUUAAUGAAAAGUUAAGAAGAAAAUAUAAUUUAUAUGUUCAGAAAAAAUCAAAAAAGAGCACACCAGUUAAUAAUAAUACAAGUUUAAAUAGGUAUUUAGAUAAGAAAAAAUUUGUAGCUUAUCAGAAUGAAAAAUUAAUAUACAAAAAGAAACUAGAAGAGAGGGAAAAAGCUAGGGAAACUUCAAUAAGAGCUGCUGCUACGUCUGCUUUCAACAAUGAAAAAAGGAAUGAAGAAAAAGAACAAAAUUUGCAAAAUGAAGCAAAUUUAAAAAAAAUAAAAAGACAGAAUGAAAAUUUUAUAAAAAGAAAUAACUGUUCUCAAAAUCUCCAAAAAAAUAUUAAAAAAUGUGCAACUGAUAAUGAUGAUAGGUUAAUUGAAAUUUAUUUGGACAAUUAUGUAAAUAACAUUAAUUUACUAAAACUUUAUAUAAAAAAAAAAAAAAUUUUACACUUUUUUGUUAAUUUUAAUUUUCAAAAAUAUUAUCUUAAUUUAAAUGACGAAGAAAAGAAAAAUGAACGAAAAGUUGGGUACAUCCUUUUUAGUCAUCGCUUCGAAACCAUUCAGGCAUACUUAUUCUACAAAAAAUAUAAAGACAAAAUUAACGACAACUUUAAGUUAAAGUUACUAGUCCCUUGUAACGACUGUAAGGAUUUGAACGAUCCCAAAGUGCGCGAGUCGGAAAAUAUUGAUAAGAUGAUGAACGAAAUGAUGGAUGAUCUGGACAAAAUUUUUUCUUUAUAA